AUAUCUUCAUCGUUAUUGCGAAACUUUCCUGUCGAAAGUGUGAAAGAUGACUGUAAACAAAAUUAUUGGAAAUCCACUUUCUCUGUAUAGGUAUUUACUACGACAGUGUAAAAAGUUACCUAGUAAUGCAGAAGAACAUUACAAGCAUCAUGUAAGACAAUCAUUCAAUAGCCAUCUUGAUGAAUCUAAUCCAGAGCGUAUAAAGCAAAUCAUGGCCCGAGCAAUAGAGGAUGCUGAAUGGAUUGUAAAGAAGUAUUCUAAACGUCCUUGACUUGUAUAAAUACUGGAAACCAAACAUGAACUGGUACAUAUGUCAAAGGAUGUUAAUGCUCAUUAUAACAUGCUCCAACUUUAAGAGACUCAAAUUGUAUAAAGAAGUAGAUACUUACAUUUUGUAGAUAGAGCAUUUAAUAAAUAUGCUAUAUUUAGAAA